CAUACUUAAACACACAAACAUUUACAUAAAGCAUAACAAAUGCACAAUACUUUUACUUUUACACAGAUGCCGACAAUUUUACCAACAUGACAACUGUGGUCGCCACUGUGCUGUGUCCGGGUUCUCUAUUUGUAAAUAAUAUGGUUAUCGUGUCUUGCUCAAGAAUACUCCACUCUGGCCAUUGUGUGCAUUGUGAACAGGCAGCUGUUCUCUAACUUCGCCAACUUUUUACGUGAACAAAAAAAACAAAACAACCAAAAAUAUAGUAAUUUGACUUUUUGAACUCAUGGGGAAAACAAUGGCAACUGUUAAGUCAGCACAGUUAUUCGCUAACUUCACCAUUCUUUUACGUAAAAAAACUAAAAGGAAAACCCCACCCAAAAACAUAGCAAUUAGACUUUUUAAACUCAAGGGGAGAACAAUGGCAAUUGUCAAGUCACAUGGACACAAUCGAUGUUUGUGCAAUCUUUGAUAAGAGAUUGGUGUAUAAAAACCCACCUACAAGCAUGUUUCGUUGUCUGACAUUCUCUCGGUGCACAGACUUUAUCACACAAGAACACGAACCAACGAGUAAGGAAGAAACAAGACGUUUCACAAUAUUAUUGUCAAACACUAAACUGGUAGACACAAGACAGAGACGAUGAUGUCACGUCAUGGAGUCCUCUCUCUGCUCCUGCUGGCUGUGGUCCUUGUUGUCAGCGUGGAGUCCGGCAAGAACUGGGUCCUGAUAGUGGCAGGGGCCAAGGAUUACGCAAACUACUUCUCUCAGGCCGACUCUUGCCACGCUUACCAAACCAUGCGCAACAACAGCAUCCCCCCAGAGAACAUCGUCCACAUGUCUUACGAUGACGUAGCUCACGACCCCGAGAAUCCCAUCCAAGGAAACCUUGUCAACACUCCUGGAGGGCCGAACCUUUAUCCUGGAUGUGAAAUGGACUAUAGAAAGGAAGAAGUGACACCAGAAGUCUUCCUCAAAGUUCUCACUGGCGACAAGGAGGGCGUGAAGAAACUGAUUGGUCGAGAUGGUAAAGUAAUUGACAGCGGUCCUGAUGACAAUGUGUUCGUCACAAUGGCUGAUCACGGAGGUCCAGGGGUCUUCUACUUCCCGGGUUUUGUUGAGCUGCACAACACUGACCUAAACAACGCCCUCAAAAAGAUGUACAGGGAGAAAAGGUACAGGGAGAUGGUGCUUUACGUGGAUUCUUGCUACUCGGGGAGCAUGUUCGAGGGUAUACUCCCGAAAAACAUCAAUAUCUACUCUACCACCGCCGCCAAUGCCCACGAGGUGGGAUAUUUGUGCUGCUAUGAUGACUACCGUAAAGCCUACGUAGGCACUGUCUACGGCACCACAUGGAUGUACGACACAGACAAGGCAAAUGUUCACAAGGAAACACUCUACCAGCAGUACGAAGUGGUGAAAAAAAAUUGCAACAUCUCUGCUCACGGGAGUCACGCCAUGCAGUACGGAGACCUGAGCAUGAACAAAGAAGUCCUCGCUCAGUUCCAGGCAAAAGCGGAAGGAUACAAACCCUGUGUCUAUCUCAAUACAAAGGAAGCAGAUAGUAUUGUGAAAUCAAAGUUCACCUUCGCCGGAAUUGACCUCAAUAACCCCGCCAUUGACAUGGUUCAGAUCGCCACCACGGCCCGUCGCCUCAUCGAGUCACGUGAUCUCAGUAGUGAGAAGCAGGAACAGCUCAAGGCCGAAUUACGUCAUAUGAUGCUGGUCAAGGAAAAAGCUGAGUCGUUGACCAAAGACCUGGUCAAGGCUGCCAUUUCCAGCCCUAGCGGUGUGACGGAGAACGACAUACUGACCGGGAAAGAGCGAGUCGAAGACUCUGAGUGCUACAAGGCCGCUCUGAGCCUCUUCUCUGACCGAUGUCCAGGCAUCAACAUGGGGAGGUACCCAUUCGCCAGGAGAAAUCUCCAGGCCUUUAUCAACCUCUGCAACCACCA